AUGGAAGGUAAUUCAGGUUUCGAGUACGGUCCCUUCAUUAGGUUUCAAAGAGUUCCUAUGCCGUUACUAUUGCCUUUAGAUCGAAGUGGAGCACCUGGGCAGCGCUCCUACCGCCGAGUGCAACUUGAAGGAGAGCUGUUCCAAGGUGUUGUUGAGACCAGCAAGCAAGGCGUCCAUCCCGUGGUGAAUGGGUCUAACCUCGUUGGUGACCCAGUCCUUCUGCCGCACGUGUGCCUCCCAAAAAAGAAUGCGCAGGAAAGAGUGGAGCGGGUGGUUUAUAAGUCCUGCCAUGAAAUAGCGGAGGACGCGCGGCUGGGGCGAGUAAAACCGAGGGAGCUGUGGCAGAAUAUCGCGGAUAAGGUGCACUACAAUGAGCCGGCCGGCGAAGCAGAGAGAGAUCAGAUGCUGCUCCACUUUUACAAAGACGGGUAUGCGUCGCGGCGAUACUCCAUUGCAAGAGCGGUCAGGAAACAUCACGAUGCCCGCGUCACAAUGGAAAACGUCCCGCGGGAAUACGCGUUCCUGCCCGACGGGUCGGCGUUCCUUCAGCAUAGAAGCGCCGACAUGCAUAUUUAUUAUUCGGCCGAAGUUCUGGAGAAGGCCUGCCAGCUGAACCUGUCGGCGCUGGUGGCGGAUGGCGUUCAUGACCUGCAGCCAGAUGCCACCAACAAGACAGGUCAGCUGUACGUCAUCCAUGGCGUGAUGGCAGACUCUGUGGAUGUACCCCUGCUUUUUGCAAUCACGAAAAGGGACAUGUGGUACAAAUGGGACGUCAGGGAGCUGCGCACAACAAACAUAGCAGAGUCAUUCAACAGGCUCUUGGGAGUUCGACUCGGGGUCAAGUACCCUCGGAUGAGUGAUCUCCUGUUCGCUCUGCGAGGGUGCGUGACUACCGCAAAGGGAGCUCUGCUAAACCUGGAGACCCGGAGACAGGCGAAGCGGCUGCACAAAAAGGACAUCCUUCGGCGGCGUCGCAUCGAAAGGGAGAUGGCUCGAUUCAAGAGUAUUCUUGAUCGCACCAGAAAUUUCCCUAGAACAUCCACGAUUACGACGUACUGCCGGAGGAUGUCCAGAUUUGUCACGGAGAAAGUAGUCUAG